AUGGAUAUCACAGAUCCUCAGAAAAAAUUAAAUAUACUAAUUGAACGCUGCCAAGAAAUAAGCCAGGAGAUAGGAAAUAUUCUUAAAGAUAAAAAAGAAAAUUUAGAAAAGCAAGCACAGCUGAAAAAAAAUCUGCAAGAUGUGCAAGAAAAAGUUGAAGCCGCCCAUGUGGAGGAAGCCGCCUUGGAGGAUAGAAUACAAGCUGCCGUAGGUGGUCCAAACGAAAACGGAAGAGAUUUUGUUCAAAAAAUGUGUCUUUUGCUAGGUUACCAAAUGUCCAAUUGUCGACUUUUGCCCUCGCCAAAUGGCGGUGUUCAAAGAAAGCUUUUGUAUGCAAGUAAUUGUAGUGUUACCUACAAUGAAUUUAAUCGAAUGUUGUAUGAGCUCGUUGACGUGCAUCCGCCUCAUCCGGAAUUUGCAGAGAUUCGACAAUUCUUGCAAGAUUCGCAAGACUUAAAAGGUUUGUUGACAAGUUUAAAAAAGUUUUUCGAUCAAAUUACAACGGAGAAUAGUGAGAACGAAAUUUUAUAAAAUUUUCCAACCAAGGCCUGUAUACAGAAUAUACUGUUUUUUUAUGAAGUACUGAAGAAAAUAUCUGGAACUAUUCUUAAAGUAAAAAUAACACCUAUACGAAUCUAAA